AUGUAUGAGGCACCGACACAGUGCACCUCACAAGAAUUUAAAUGUGUGACGAGUGGCGAAUGCAUCUCUUCGGGAUUUGUCUGCGAUGGAGAGGAAGACUGCGAAGAUGGCUCAGAUGAACAAAGAACCUGUGCUGGACAGACCUGCAGCCCAGACCAGUUCACCUGCCGGGAGGGCCAGUGUAUCCCAGGGAAAUACAGAUGUGACCGUAUCAAGGACUGUGUGGACAACUCUGAUGAGAACAACUGCAACUAUCCACAGUGUACUGAGAAGACAUGUGCCAAUGGGGCCUGUUACAACAACUCCCAGCACUGUAAUGGGUUACAGGACUGCAGAGAUGGCUCUGAUGAAUUCAACUGCAGUGAGUGUGGCGGUAUAAAGGAGGUCAGAGAGAUAUGGAGGGGCAAGGUUGUGUAUGGAUUUGAAGCUUCACAGCACUGUCCCAUCCACCAGUUCGAGUGUACAAACGGGUACUGUGUUCCACAUUCCUUUGUGUGUGACCAUUGGGACGAUUGUGGGGACAACAGUGACGAACAAGGCUGUGUUUACCAGAGCUGUAGUGGCAAUGAGUUCACAUGCUCCAGUGGUCGUUGUAUUCCUCAAAUGUGGGUGUGUGACAAGUUCAACGACUGUGGGGACUACAGUGAUGAGAGCGGAUGUGAUAGUAACUCUCGGGGCUGUUACCCUGGGGAGUGGGGAUGCCCAGGCUCAACACUUUGUAUACCAGUGGACAAGGUGUGUGACGAAAAACCUGACUGCCCCAGAGGAACAGAUGAGACCAAUUCCACAGCACAGCAAACCUGCAGCCUGGAUCAGUGCUCCAGCUUGAGCUGCGAGUACCUCUGCCAUCCGUCUCCUCAAGGAGGUUCUUGUUACUGCCCGGAUGGCUUCAUUGUAGCCAAUGAUAGUCGUACCUGUGUAGACUACGAUGACUGUCAGAUCUGGGGGAUCUGUGACCAGCUGUGCGAAGAUCGUCCCGGGACACACCACUGUAGCUGUGCUGAUGGAUACUUCCUGGAGCAUGGUCAAGUCUGCAAAGCCAAUGUGUCAGGUGGAUUACCACAGCUCAUUUACACCAAUGGAGGAGAUGUGAUGAUUGGUGAUAUACACGGGCGCUUUGUUAGAACUCUGGUGCCAUCUCAGGGCAAAGGUUACUCUGUUGGGGUGGCAUACCACAUUUACAGCAGCACAGUCUUCUGGAGUGAUACAUACACUAAAAAGGUUUACUCUGCAAACUACAAUGGGGAUAACAUUAAGGAGAUUCUUAAAUUUUCAGUCCACAAUGUCCAGAACCUUGCAGUGGAUUGGAUCAACUUCAAACUAUACGUCUUAGAAGCCAUGGUGGAGCGUAUCGAUAUGUGCGACUUUGAUGGAGGGAAUCGGGUCACACUGGUGGCUGAAAACCUGCAGACUCCUCAUGGGCUGGCCCUGGACCCUACAGUUGGCUACAUGUUUUUCACAGACAAGGGCAUUGCGAGUGAGCAGAUGAAGCUGGAACGGGCCUUCAUGGACGGCAGCAAUCGUUUAGAGCUGGUGAAGGGCGGACUCGGCAUUCCAACAGGAAUCACCCUGGAUAUUGUCACACAGAGGGUCUACUGGUCUGACAGCCACUUUGACACUGUGGAGACUGUCACCUACAGUGGUUUGGACAGAAAAAUUGUCCUCAGUGGUGGGACCCAGGCCCCUUACCCUUUUGGAAUUGCUGUGUUUGAAAACCACGUUUUCUUCACUGACUGGACUAAGAUGGGUGUGGUGAGAGCCAACCGCUUCAACGGCAGCAAUCCAACACUCCUAUAUCGUACGGCAAAGCGACCAGGCCAGGUUGUUAUCUCGCAUCGUGUCCUGCAACCUGUUGUGAUGAACCCUUGCGGGAGACACAACGGUGGCUGUCAGCACAUUUGUGUAUUGAGUCAUCGCACAGACAACGAUGGUUUGGGUUACCGCUGCAAGUGCCGCCAUGGCUACGAUUUGCAGCCGGAUCUUAGGACCUGCUUCAAGCUGAAGGACUACCUGCUGUUGGCCACCUCUCUGGGAGUGCGAGGAAUACCACUGAAUAUAUCGCUCCAGGAGGACGUCACCCUGCCUCUGUCAGGACUUUCGACGUCCUUCUCUGGCUCUGCUGUGGAGUUUGACGGCAAUGAAGAGGCUAUUCUCUACAACGACAGGUCCAGAGGCCUUGUCUAUAAGUCCAAUCUCAACGGCACAGUCCAACAGAUCUUAACCGGCUACAGAGUGGGAACCAUUGAUGCCAUGGCCUAUGACUGGACCUCCAAAGUUUUGUUUUGGACCACAAGCAGCUACAAGUCGGUGGUGGCCUUCAGGGUCACAGACAAGUCCAGACGGGACAUUGUGACGGGACUGAGGAACCCUAAAGGAAUCGCAGUGAGUCCAAGCGCAGGCUACUUGUUCUGGUCUGACUGGUACCGUCCGGCAGUCAUAAUGAGAGGCUUCACUGAUGGCAGCAACGCUGUUCCUUUGGUUAACACCACCCUGGGAUGGCCUUAUGGACUCGCUGUUGACUAUGUGAUGGACCGGCUGUACUGGGUGGAUUCCCAGUUGGAUCAAAUUGGUCACAUUGGAUUUGAAGGAUAUGACAGACAGACGUUUACCAAUAUCGGUCAAAUCACUUCACCCUUUUCUCUCACGGUUUAUUCAGACUUCCUUUAUGUUUCUGAUACAAGGACCAGAGCAAUAUUUGAGAUGAGGAAGAGGGACGGAGGAGGAAACAUUAUGAUCAGACAAGGAGUAUCAGGCAUCAUGAAUGUCAAAGCUUACACAGCCGACCUCCACAGCACAUUCACCAGCCGGUGCAAUGCGGUCCCCAACGGGCACUGUAGCCACUUCUGUUUCCCAACGCCAUCCUACAAUCGAGUGUGUGGCUGUCCGUACGGCAUGAAACUCCAGGCCAAUCAGAGGGACUGCAUCAAAGACGAUUCUGUUCCCCCACCUGACAACAACUGCGGAGACCUCUCCUUCGAAUGCGAUGAAGGACGCUGUAGACCCAACUCCUAUCGCUGUGAUGGAAUCAUUGAUUGCGUGGAUCAGACUGAUGAGGCCAACUGCACAGAUACAGGCGCGACCUGCUCUCCUCGAGCGUUCACCUGCAACAACAAACACUGCAUCCUAAACAGUUGGCGCUGUGAUGGCAUGGACGACUGCGGUGACGGCUCUGACGAAGUGAACUGUCCCACUCGCCGCCCUACGACCUGCGCCGCAGAUUACUUCACCUGCGAUAACCUCAGGUGUAUCUCUAAGGUGUGGUUGUGUGACGGUGACAACGACUGUGGGGAUGGCUCUGACGAACACAACUGCAAUUCAACCAUAACCACUUGCCCUCCAAACUACUACCUGUGUCCUGACCACCGCUGCAUCUACAGCUCAUAUGUGUGUGAUGGAGACCAGGACUGCCUGGAUGGAUCUGAUGAGGCAAACUGUGAGUUUAACUGUGACUCCCAUGAGUUUUCCUGUGCCAGCGGAGACCAGUGCAUCAGUCCGAGCUAUAGGUGUGAUGGCGUGUUCGACUGCAGGGACCAUUCUGAUGAACGAGACUGUCCCACUCGAGGUCCAGGCUUGUGCCACGAUGACGAGUUCCAGUGCCAGACCGACGGUUUCUGCAUACCAGACAUGUGGGAGUGUGACGGCCAUCCAGACUGUGAAGACGGAUCAGAUGAACACACCUCCUGCGAACCUGUUACCUGCAGAUCAAACUAUUUCCAGUGCGCCAACAAGAUAUGCAUUCCAACGAGCUGGUUGUGCGAUGGCGAUAACGACUGCCGGGACAUGAGUGAUGAACAAAACUGCCCUACCCCUCCAUUCAGUUGUCCCUCAGGACAGUGGCUGUGCCCCACCGACCAGCUGUGCAUCGACCUGGACAAGGUGUGCAACGGCCAGAGGGACUGCCCUAACGGAGCUGAUGAAUCACCUAUCUGCAAUCAAGAUGACUGCGUGCUGAACAACGGCGGCUGCAGUGACGGCUGCGUCCAAGGACCAUUUGGGGCUCAGUGCACCUGUCCGUCAGGAUAUCAGCUCCUCAACGACUCUAAGACCUGCGACGACAUCAAUGAGUGUCUGAUCCCAGGUUUCUGCAGCCAGGAAUGCUUCAACGAGAGAGGAACUUUCCGGUGUUACUGCUCACAUGGUUACCUCCUGGAGCCUGACGGUCGCACCUGCAAAGCUACAGACCAACUAGCAGCGGUACUUCUGGUUGCCAAGCGUAGCCAGAUCAUCGCCAACAAAAUCAACAUGAAACCACCCCAGCUGCGUCCGGUGAUCAGCGGUUCAAGCAUCGUAACUGUGGACUUUGAUCGUGUAACCUCCAGAAUCUACUGGGCUGAUGCCUCACAGAAGAAGAUAUGGAGCUCUUUCCAGAAUGGCACCGACAAACGACAAGUGUUCUCCUCAGGUCUGAUGGUACCAGAGAGUAUAGCUGUGGACUGGGUAGGACGGAACCUUUAUUGGACCGACUCAGUCAUGGAGAACAUCGAGGUCUCCACUCUAGACGGACGCUUUCGGAAAGUCCUCCUCUCCAAGAACGUCACAAGCCCCCGCGGACUAGUGUUAGACCCUCGCAACUACACUUACUUAAUGUUCUGGUCAGACUGGGGUCAGAACCCUCGGAUUGAGCGUUCCGACAUGGACGGCAACGCAAGACGAGUCAUCGUCAGCACAAAGCUUUACUGGCCCAACGGUUUGGCUUUGGACUACACCACACGCAGGGUCUACUUUGCUGAUGCCUACCUCAAAUACAUAGACUACUGUGACUAUGAUGGAAACAACCGCUAUCAGGUCAUGGCAAGUGACAUGGUUCUCCAGCACCCACAUGGUAUGACCAUCUUCGAGGACAGCAUCUACUGGUCAGAGCGCUAUACCAGCAAAGUGAUGAAAACCAACAAGUUCCACGGAGGCAACAUCACCACUCUGAUGAGCAGUGUGUACCAGCCUAUGGGCAUUGUGAUGGACCAUCCUAUCAAACAGCCAGCAGCAAUCAACCCAUGUGGAGACCACUUUUGUACUCAGCUGUGCCUGCUGGCGGGCCUAAGGCCUCGGUACUACACCUGCCACUGUCAGUCUGGCUGGAAGCUGGAUGCUGACAGACGCACCUGUAUCAAAGAUGAGUCUCCUUUCUUGAUGGUGGUGAGAGAUUCAGUGAUUUUUGGUAUUCCUCUGGACCCUGCUGAUCCUUCCAACAACAAAAUGGCCCCUGUGUCCGGCAUCAGCCAGGGGCGGGACAUUGAAUUCGAUGACCAGGCGCAGCUUGUAUAUUGGGUGCAGAGCACAGGUUCUAUCUGGCAAGUGAGUACCAGCGGUGCCAACAGGUCUGAGUUUGCUCCGGCUGCUUUUAUGGGCGCACCAUCUGGUCUCGCUUUUGAUUGGAUAAGCCGAAUAAUGUAUUACAACAAUCGCAUUGCUCAAAGCAUAGAGGUUAUCCGUGUGGAUGGAAACCAGAAAUAUAGAAAGACGCUCAUCGCCUCAAACGGUAAACCAGAGGGGGUAGGAGAUCCAUUUGGAAUAACUGUGGAUCCAGCCCGAGGGAAACUAUUUUGGACAGACAGGGGGUCAGACAGUGGAGUUCCUCCAAAGAUUAGCAGCGCUGACAUGGACGGAGGAAACCUUAGAAACCUCUACAUAAGCAACCUAGCCAACGUAGGAUACAUCACAGCUGACAUUUCUGCCAGUAAAUUAUACUGGGUUGUGGCUGACAGAGGGAUGAUUGAAAGUGGCACCAUGGACGGGGUGAGCAGGGUGACAGUGGUGAGUAGCCUGUCGCAACCAUGGGGCCUGACAAUCCACCAGAACUACCUUUACUACACCGACGCGGACUAUGAGGUCAUUGAGAGGGUGGAUAAGACGAACGGUGCCAAUAUGGUGGUGAUGAGGAGCAGCAUGUCUGGCCUGCGUGCUCUGAAAGUGCAUGCCAGAGACAACUCAGCAGGCACCACCAACGCCUGCAGCUCCAACAACGGGGGCUGUCCCCACCUCUGUCUACCCAAACCCAACAAUCAAAAGACCUGUGCCUGCACCACAGGCUUUCAUCCCUCUGAAGACGGCACCCGCUGUGAACAGUUUGAAUCCUUCGCAAUCAUCUCCACCCCCACGUACAUCCGUGGCUUCCACAUAAACAGCUCGGACCACUCUGAGGCUAUGGUGCCUGUCGGUGGAUCUGCCACUUCUAAAGGCAAGCUGGACCUCCACAUCCAAUCUGGCUUUAUUUACUGGUCUGACAACUACACCUCCACUUCAUACAAAGGCAUCUUUAGGGCCAAAACAGAUGGAGGAUCCUACAGCCGUGUUAUCAACUCAGGCGUUGGAAGAAGAGGCAUUCAGGGUUUUGCUGUAGACUGGAUUGCAGGUAACUUAUACUUCACUAAUGCCUUUGAGACCGAGACCUUCCUUGAGGUGCUUGCCAUCAACACCACCUACAGAAUGAUUCUGCUCAAGUCCAUUGAGGACCAGCCCCGUGACCUGGCCGUCAGCCCUAAGCUUCGCUACCUCUUCUGGACUGACGGAGGCCAAACUCCGAAGAUUGAGCGAGCCCUGCUCGACGGCACAAACCGUACUGUGCUGGCAUCGGAGAGCCUAGCGUCACCUCGUGGCCUCACCAUCGAUUACACCAACGAUUUCCUCUACUGGACAGAUGAUGUGCUUGAUAUGAUAUCCAGAAUGGCCCCAGAUGGCACCCAGAGGCAAAUUAUCAGAUAUGGGAGCCGCUAUCCAUCGCCUACAGGCAUGGCCAUAUUUGGAAGAUACAUGCUGUGGGUGGAUCAAAAGCUUGGGAAGCUCUUCCAGGCAAGCAAGGACCCUAACAAUUCAGACCAGCCAGAGGUAAUUCGGGACAAUAUUGACGGGCUGUUGGACGUCACAGUCUUUGAUGCCCAUGUUCAGCCUACAUCCGCCAACCUGGUGGGCUUUAACCCAUGUCAGGAAGACAACGGACGCUGUCAGCAGUUCUGCUUUGCCAUCACCGGCCAGGAGCAACCAAAAUGUGGCUGCGCUCAUGGAUCUCUCCUGAGUAACGGAGUUACAUGUGGUUACGGCCAGGAUGAGUAUCUGGUAUUCACUACAGACUACACGCUAAACAGCAUGAGGUUAGACCCCACAGAUCACAGCACUCCAUAUCCAACGGUGAACCUUGGCUACAGCGUGAUGGCCCUGGAUUAUGACUACAAGGAGAGGCGGAUUUUCUACGCCCAGUACAUGGGGAUUGGUCGGAGCAGAAUUGGCUACGUCACAAUGACAUCCAUCACCACUCCGCCUGUCAUAGUUGCUGCAAAUUUGGAUGACCCAGAAGGAUUGGCGUAUGACUGGAUCAACAAGCGUCUCUACUUUACUGACUACUAUAAGCGCAAUGUCCAGGCCAUUGGAGUGAACGGGCAGAACCGCUCUAUCGUUGCCACAGCAAACCGUCCCCGAGGCAUCAUAGUUGACCCCUGCUAUGGUUACCUGUACUGGACUGAUUGGGGCUCUCCUGCAAAGAUCGAGAGAGCAACACUGGGUGGAAAUUUCCGAACCGCCAUCAUCAACACCAGCCUCUCAAUGCCCAAUGGCCUGUCUCUGGAUUUUGAGGAAAGGAUGCUCUACUGGGCUGACUCCUCAUUAGAUAAAAUCGAGCGGUCCACUCUGACAGGUGCAAACAGGCAAGUAAUCGUGCAAGGUGUCCCGUACCCGUAUGCCAUGACUGUCUUCCAGCAAGACAUCUUCUGGACUGACUGGACUGAGAGAGGCGUCUUCAGAGCUGGGAAGGAUGAUGGCUCCAGCUUCACAGUGUUGGCUCAAGACCUGCAGUACCGACCGAAUGACAUCCAUGUUUAUGCCGCUUCUAAGCAAGAGAGCUGCUCCAGCUCCUGUCAGCAGUUUAACGGAGGGUGUAGUCAUAUCUGUGUUCCCGGUCCGUCAGGUCCUGAGUGUCAGUGCCCUCAUCAGGGGAGCUGGUACCUGGCUAACAAUGGCAAAGACUGCAUCCAAGACAAGGGAAAACGCUGCGAACCUGAGCAGUUCACCUGUCUCAACGGUAACUGUAUCUCAGCGCGCUGGAAGUGCGACGGCUACAACGACUGCCAUGACAACUCAGAUGAGCUGGAGAGAGUGUGCGCCUUCCACACUUGUGCCGCCAUUGACUUCACCUGUGACAACGGUCGCUGCGUCCCGCUUGGCUUUACCUGCGACUACACGAACGACUGCGGUGACAACAGCGACGAGCGGGGCUGCCCCUUCCCUACGUGUAACCCUGCAACAGAGUUCACCUGCGGAAACGGACGCUGCAUCAACGCCGGCUUUGUCUGCGACGGUUUCAACGACUGCCGCGACAAUGCCACCUCUGAUGAAAUCAACUGUCCUGACCGGAUAUGUCCUGGUGGCCAGGUCAAGUGUGAAAAUACCAACAUCUGCAUCUAUCCUGAAAGCCUCUGCGAUGGCUACAACAACUGUGGGGACAACAGCGAUGAGAAUCCUCUCUUCUGUGCGGGCCGUACCUGUUCUCCCGAUCAGUUCCGCUGUGAUAGUGGGAAGUGUAUCCCUGAGUCUUGGGUGUGUGACGGCAUUCAGGACUGUGGUGAUCGCACGGACGAGCCUUCUUCCUGUGAGGAUCAAGUCAAAACAUGCAGUCCCAGCCAGUUCACUUGUACCAAUGGAAACUGCAUCCCUCAGUCAAUGGUGUGUGAUGGUAACAAUGACUGCUGGGACAACAGCGACGAGGCUCCUGAACUGGAGUGUGGCCAGCGUACCUGCAGCUCCAAUCAAUUCACCUGCCCAACCUGGCACCCAGGUCACCCUCGCUGCAUGCCGCUGAGCUUUGUGUGCGAUGGCGAGAAAGACUGCGCCAACGCUGCCGAUGAGCUCCAGAACUGCCCCAACCGCACCUGCCACAUGAACGAGUUUGCCUGCUCCAACGGGCUCUGCAUCUUCCUCCCUUACCACUGUGAUCGUGUGAAUGACUGCGGAGACGGUAGUGAUGAGCUGGGCUGUACCUAUGACACCUGCAGCAGCAGCCAGUUCACCUGUGGAAACGGGGCCUGUGUGCCCUCCACUUUCACCUGCGACGGGGAGAGCGACUGUUUGGAUGGCUCCGAUGAGGCGGACAGCUUGUGCACCACGCCGCAGCCAACUUGUGCUCCUACGCAGUUCCUGUGCAAGUCAGGGGAGUGUAUUGAUGCCAACAAGGUAUGCAACGGACAGAAGGACUGCCAGGACAACAGCGAUGAAAAAGGCUGCGGAGUGAACGAAUGCCGCAGCCCCUCAGUACACAAGUGCGCCCAGAUCUGCACCGACACCCUCACCAGUUACUUCUGCUCCUGUUUCCCCGGCUACAAACUCAUGCCGAACGGCAAAGCCUGCGAGGACCUCAACGAGUGUAUCAGCACGCCCUCCGUCUGCAGCCAGAUCUGCGAGAACACCGUGGGCUCGUUCCACUGCAAGUGUGCACCGGGCUACAUCCGAGAACCAGAUGGGCGCACCUGUCGUCAAAACAGUGGCAUCGCACCGUACCUGUUGUACACUAACCGCUACUACAUCCGCAAUCUGACUGCUGACGGGUCACAACUGAGCGUAGUCCUACAGGGGCUCUCCAAUGUGGUGGCGCUAGACUUUGACCACUCUGAGAAGAGGCUGUACUGGCUGGAUGCGGGGGCGGGAAAGAUUGAAAGGAUGCGCUUUGAUGGCACGGACAGGGAGACGCUGGCGGAUGAAGAUGUGAGAGGAGCUGAAGGGUUGGCGCUGGACUGGGUUGGCAGGAAGUUGUACUGGGUGGAUGGUUAUUACGGCUCUGUUCAUGUGAUGGAGCUGGACGGCCGUUACAAGAAGAGGCUGCUUACAGGAGAUUUCACAGAUGGAAAUAAAACAUAUCUCGUCAGUCGACCUCGUGCUGUGGCUGUUAACCCUAAAUAUGGCUGGCUGUAUUGGACCGACUGGGGAGAUGAAGCGUAUAUCGGCAGGAUUGGCAUGGAUGGAAGCAAUAUCAGUGCCAUCAUCACAACCAAGCUGGAGUGGCCCAACGCCCUGACCAUAGACUAUACCACCAACAAGAUCUUCUUUGCUGACUCCCACUUAAACUUCCUGGACUUUGCAGACAUGGACGGCAAGAACCGCCAUCGGGCAAUUGGCGGCUCACUCCCUCACGUCUUUGCUGUUUCGAUGUUUGAAGACUGGGUCUACUGGACCGACUGGAACACACACACAGUGGAGAAAGCUCACAAGUACACUGGAGAACAGCGCACAGUCAUGGGCAACAACACACAUCGGCCCUAUGACAUUCAUGUCUACCAUCCAUACAGACAGCCCCGCAGUGAGAACCCCUGCUCCUCCCAUCAUCUGACCUGCAGUCACUUGUGUCUGAUUGGUCCUGGUGGGGAUCAAGCUUCCUGUCAGUGUCCAGAUCACUUCAUUGGCCUCAUGGUGGGCUUCAAGAUCCAGUGUGUUGCAGACUGUUCCAGCACCCAGUUCCGCUGUGGAGACAAUGAGAGGUGUGUUCCCAUUUGGUGGAAGUGUGACGGGCAGUCAGAUUGUGGUGAUGGCUCGGAUGAACCUCAGACCUGCCCACCCCGUCACUGCCCUGUUGGCCAGUUCCAGUGUCAAGAUGGCAACUGUACCUACCCUGGCUUCCUCUGUGAUGGCCACACUGACUGCCCUGACAGUUCUGAUGAGGAUGCGGCUCUCUGCAGUGACCACCGUUGUGAGGAGAACCAGUUCCAGUGUAAAAACAAAUUGUGCAUCCCUGUUUCCUGGCACUGCGACGGAGUGAAUGACUGUUCAGACGGCAGCGACGAGGACCCAGAGACUUGUGCACAGAAAACCUGCAAACCAGGAGAUUUCGAGUGUGCCAACGGGCGCUGUAUAUCGUCAAGCUAUGUGUGUGAUGUGCAGGAUGACUGUGGAGAUGGAUCAGAUGAGCCGUUUGAAACCUGCAUGGGUCCAGAAUACAAGUGUGAUGAAGAAACUGAGUUCUCCUGCAAGACCAACUACCGCUGUGUUCCCCAGUGGGCCCGCUGUGAUGGCACCAAUGACUGCAUUGACAACAGUGACGAGCAGGGCUGCGAGGAAGUGACAUGCGAUCCACUUGGAGAUUUCAGAUGUGACAACCACCGCUGUGUCCCCAUCCGCUGGCAGUGUGACGGCACCAACGACUGUGGUGAUGGCUCAGAUGAGAGGAACUGCCAGCCGAGGCCUUGUUCUGAAAGUGAAUAUCGAUGUGACAACGAGCAGUGCAUCCCUGGAAACUGGGUGUGUGACCAUGACAACGACUGCGGGGACAACUCGGAUGAGCGGGACUGUGAGUUGCAAACGUGUCGUCCUGGUACUUUCCAGUGUGACUCAGGUCACUGUAUCCCUGCUGCUCUGCAAUGUGACGGCCGUGCGGAUUGUCAGGAUCUGUCUGAUGAAACCAAGUGUCCUACCCGUUUCCCAGGAGGCCGUUGGUGCCCUAAUAGCCAGUUCGAAUGCGCCAACCAUCUGUGCGUGAGCCAGAGCUGGGUGUGUGACGGCACUGAUGACUGUGGAGACCGCUCAGACGAACAGCUCAGUUUGUGCUUGAACAUCACCUGUGAGAUGCCUUUCAAGUUCCGCUGUGCAAACGGAUACUGUGUCUACUCGGGCCUGCUUUGCAACCAGAAGGAUGACUGUGGAGAUGGCAGUGAUGAGGAGGAGGAACUCUGCCGCGAGCCAACGUUGCCCCCCUGCACACUGGAUGAGUUCAAAUGCACAAAUGGACACUGUGUGGCCCUGCCCUAUGUCUGCGACCACAAUAACAACUGUGGGGACCUCACGGAUGAGUUGGGCUGCAAUUUUGGCAAAGAUCGUAACUGUGAGGAAAAACUAUGUCAGCAAGAGUGCACCAACCUGAACGGCACCGGCUUCAUCUGCUCCUGUAAAAGCGGGUACAGAGUGAACCCAGACAGCACCUACUACUGCCUGGACAUCAACGAAUGUGAGGUGUUCGGCACCUGUCCCCAGGUCUGUAAGAACACAAAGGGCAGCUAUGACUGUGAGUGUGCGGCUGGCUAUAGGAAAGUGGGCAACGGCGACAUGUGCGAGGCUCAGGGAGCGACUCCCCUGCUGCUUCUACCUGAGAACAUUCGUAUCCGAAGGUUCAACCUGCAGACAGAGACCUAUCAUGACUUCCUCCAAGAAGAGGAGCACAUCAUGGCGCUGGACUACGACUGGGACCACAACAACACCGGAUACAGUAUGGUGUACUUCACUGUAGCCGGUAAGGACUCUAUACCAGGAGCCAUUAAGAGAGCGUACAUACCCUCAGUGGACGAUGGUAGCAACAACAUCGGAGCUGCAGUCAACCUUGGCAUCAAAUACAUCACCAAACCAGACGGCAUUGCUGUGGAUUGGGUGGGCAGGAACCUUUACUGGGCAGACUCUAGGGUGAGGAGGUUAGAGGUGGCCAUGUUGGAUGGACGCUACAGGAAGCAUCUAGUCAAGACUGAGCUGGGACACCCGUCUGCAUUGGCAGUCAACCCACGCCUCGGGAUGUUGUACUGGGCUGACCGAGGAGAUGCAGCCAAGAUUGAGUGCUCUUGGCUGGACGGGCAGGAGAGGAAAGUCCUGGUGGCCAAUGGCCUGGGUUGGCCCACUGGUCUGUCAAUCGACUUCACCAACGACGACAGAAUCUACUGGUCUGACUCCAAAGAGAGUCGCAUAGAGUCUGUUCUGCCUUCAGGAGAGGACCGCAGAACUGCUGUCUUCAUAGAUGUAAGAAACCCAUUCAGUGUAAGCGUUUUUGAAGACCAUGUUUACUGGAGCACUGAGGAGAAAGGCGAGGUGUUCCGGCAGAACAAGUUUGGCCGCGGAGACAAGACCAAGCUGAUGACUGCCGGGCCCUGGCUCACACAGGUCUCUGUGUACCAGCAGCAGAGAUACAACUCCAUCGGCAUGAAGAAUCCAUGUAAGGGAACCUGCAGCCACCUGUGUCUGCUCCGACCAGGAGGUUACACCUGCGCCUGCCCUGAGGGUACCAGCUUCGUCCCUGGGAGUAACACUGAAUGUGACGCAGGGUUCGAUCCUCCCCCCACCAUGCCUCCACCAUGCCAGUGUCUGAAUGGAGGCACGUGCUACUUUGAUGACAACAAGGCUCUUUGCAAAUGUCCUCCAGACUGGCAGGGAGAUAAUUGCGAAACAAGCAUAUCCGCCCUGGUGGCAUCCUCAAUUGGAAUAGCAAUAGGGGUGACAGUCGUGAUUGUGGUUCUGCUGGCGGCUCUGGUUUACGCAGCCAGGAAGAAGUCCAACCUGCUGGAGACUCUGCGCAGCAACUUACCCAGCAUGCCCAGUAUGCCCAGUAUGCCCAGUAUGCCCUCCAUGCCCUCCAUGCCAUCCAUGCCCUCAAUGCCAAAUAUUCCAAGCUUCAGAAAUGGUGUGUCUUCGAGUGCAUCGAAAGCAAACGAUACUGAUGCCAUGAUGAAUUCUGAAGCGGUCCCCUGUAUGUCUGUUUCGAUGGUGGACUCAGAAGGGAAGAGUUUUGAGAACCCGGCGUAUGAUGCUGGAGAAAAUCCUGAAGCUAAAGGUGCUGUGACAAACGCCUCUGCUCCUGGUGGAACAACCAAGGAUGCAGUUGAUAACCCUCUGUAUGUAGAAGGAAUUCAAGUUGUGGACAUGCCUACAGGAAGUGCAGACAAACCUGCUGCUGUCAACAAGGAGGCCUUUGUGAACCCAGCAUACAGCUCAGACUCAGAGGAGGCCAAUGUCGCUGCUGCACCACAAGCUGCUUCAAGCGCACAGGUGUCUGAACCCAUUGUAGAUGACAGUUUAGCAUCUUUCAAAAACCCGAUUUACACGGAGAACAUGUUUGCGCCCACUUCAGAUUCUGACAUUUGAUGGGAUCUCCUCAAGUAUGAAGCCUAAUUUUUAACCCAGGACUAGCAUGCAUCAGAGCAUGCAACAAACACAUCAAAACCAUUUUAUAUAUUUACUAUACCAAUAUACUUUGUGCUACUGACAAGCCAAAGUUAAAUUUCAAUGUGGCUUUUUGUGUAACAGAGUUUUUUGAGUAAAUGAUUUAAUGUAAUUCAUUUAAGCCCAAUCAAUGACAUAAUUAAGGGAAUAAAAACAUGUGAAUGUUGUUUAUGAUUAGAUCUUUUGUAUCAUAUGUACAUUUAAAUUGUAAGAUACUGGAACAUUAAAACUCUUAUGAUCUUUUUUUGUU